AUGGAGGAGUUAGCUGUCAUUGGUAAAUGGUUACUGACACAAGGUCGCAGUCUAGAUUUUAUUAAUGUCUACCACCAAGUCAGAUCUAGUAUUCUCUUGAAAUCUAUUGAGGGAUUGAAAGAUCAUCUUCACAAGAAAUCAUCAGGUUCUCAAGGAACUCCAUACUCUCCAGCACCUGGGAGUGGGAAACUUAAAUUGACUGCGAAAGACACCCCCAAGAGAUCUGCUUUGAAACGAUCUGCAUUUAAUAUUCAGAAGAAGACAUCAACCUUACCUAAGCUAGAUGCAGGUUAUCGUCGUCAGGCUCCAAUGACGCCAGAUAUGAAACAUACGCAUGAUGAAAUCAUUGAUGUGGACUACGAUACAUACAUAACAUGUGUCAAUGCAUUGUUAAGAUUAAUGCAGAGUGAAGCUCAUUUGAUGACUACCAUAUUCCAGAACAGCAUCAUAGGAAAAUAUUUGAUGUAUUAUUCAGCCGGCCUUUGA